AUGCUUCUCCCUCGCGAGCUCCUCCUCCUCCUCCCAUGGCGGCGGCGGCGCGCCGCCGCCGCCGCCGUGCAGGCCCUGGCGCGCCGCCUCCACCGAGCGCCGGCCUGCUCCGAUCCCGACGACGACCCCCCGUUCACACGGCUCGCGGAGCGCCCGCCUGGGGCUUCCUCGAAGUCGAAGCCCUCGGCGGCGGCGGCGGCGGCGGGAGAGAGUGAGAAGAAGUGUGGGGCGCGGGGCGGCGGGAUGAGGCCGCCGGAGCCAGCGCGCUCCGACCUUCCGUUCGACUUCCGGUACUCCUACUCGGAGACGGACCCGGCGUGGAGGCCCAUCGGGUUCCGCGAGCCCAGACGGUUCUCGCCCUUCGGCCCGGGCCGCCUCGACCGGCCCUGGGACGGCGUCUCGGCGGCGCGCGGCGGCGGCGGUGCGCCCGCGAAGGGGAGGGAGGAGGUUCUCGGCGAGCCGCUGUCGGAGGAGGAGGUGGCGCAGCUCGUGGAGAGGUACCGGCACAGCGACUGCUCCCGGCAGAUCAAUUUGGGCAAAGGGGGAGUAACACACAACAUGCUUGAUGACAUCCACAACCACUGGAAACGGGCAGAAGCUGUUAGGGUCAAAUGUCUAGGAGUCCCAACUCUUGACAUGGACAAUAUAUGCUUCCACCUUGAGGAUAAGACAGGUGGGAAAAUAAUAUACCGUAACAUGAACAUCCUUAUCCUUUACCGUGGUCGGAAUUAUGAUUCAAAACAGCGGCCUGAGAUACCAUUAAUGCUGUGGAAGCCACUGGCUCCUAUUUACCCUAGGCUUGUGCAAAAUGUUGCUGAUGGAUUGACUUUCGAGAAAACCAAAGAAUUGAGGAAUAUGGGAUUAAAUUCUCCACCUCUUAUGAAAUUAACCAGGAAUGGUGUUUAUGUUAAUGUUGUUGAAAGAGUGAGAGAGGCCUUUAAGACUGUUGAAGUUGUGAGGCUAGAUUGCUCUCAUGUUGGUAGCAGUGAUUGCAAGAAAAUUGGUGUGAAGCUAAGGGAUUUGGUUCCAUGUGUUCCCUUAUUGUUUAAAGACGAACAGAUUAUUCUCUGGCGAGGAAAGGAGAAUCAAGAGAAAUCUGUUUCAUCUCAAUGCAGUUCUGAACCAUCUUGAAUUUGUGAUACAUGUGUCUGCAAUACAUGAUUUACUAGAAGUAUUCCUGCUGCUUGGAUUAUUUCCAUCAGUUUUAUGGGAUUGAUAAUGAUCAGAAGAUAUUACCAGCAACCUACUUCUGGAUUGCUGGAAACAUUAAAAACUACAUAAAUUGGUUAUUAGAUUGUUCAUCAACACUUUCUUGUAGCCCUGCAGCUGUCUGAAGUUGUCUAGAAGAGGUGCGGUGCUGCAUGAGACGAAGAUCCUGCAUUUGAACUGAAUAUUCAGUAUCGACAAAUUACCGGUGCUUGAUAUCCCAAGUGUUGCAUCAUCUGCUACUUUGUUCAAAUGGAGCCUCUUCCUGCUGCUUCUGCUGUUCGAUCAGAGAUCGACACUCUAGAUUAGGACACAUCAAACGCUGGGAAGUACAACAUGUUGUAAUUCUAGUUAGUAGUACAGCCAGGCAUUUUGAACCAGAAGUUGGUGAUCAUCAGAGCCUCGAAUGAGCUGCUGUCGUGUUGAUUCCUUGAUGUACAGCAAUUUUAGAAAUUAUUUGGAUGUGUAUAUGCUAGAAAGAGAACGGCAGCAGUGGCCUUUUCCACUGGUAGUGUUUCUGGAAAUAACAUCGAAAAUUUCUGGCCACUUAUCUGGGAGUGGCUGGCUCUGAA